GGGUUUCAAAUACUCUCAGCAUAUUUAGCGCCAUUAUUACAUCCCGCUUCACCUGACCCUGGUCCCGCGCACAGACCUCUGUCAGCGUCAUAAGCGCGUGUUUGCGGUUUUAAGCGGGAGCCUUCCAGGUGAAGAUGAUCGGGAUCAGAUCAUGUAAUCCUCUCCUGUGGCAGCAGGCGGCAGCCUCGUCUCUGCUCUGCUGAGGACCGACGCGGUUGUCCUUUCUCCGGUGGUUGCUAAGCAACGCGGGCCGCGAUGACGGAGCUUCAUCAGGCGGCCGCCGCGGGAGAUUUCAAGAAGGUGCAGGAGCUGCUGACCCAACCGGGCUGCUCUCCGAACCUCAGGGACGCGGACUGGAGCAACACGACGGCUCUGCACUGGGCGGCGCGGGAAGGUCACACAGAAACCGUGCGGCUCCUCAUCCAGCACGGCGCCAGGCCGAGUCUGAGGACGCGGGACGGAUGGACCCCCGCCCAUUGCGCCGCCGAGUUCGGUCGGUUGUCCGUGCUGCGCCUGCUGCACUCCUUCCACGCCCCCAUAGACCAGGAGGACCACUGCGGGGACAGACCGCUGAGGAUAGCUCAGGUCUACGGACACCAAGACUGCGUCAACUUCCUCAGAACAGCAGAGCUGGAGUGUCAGGCCCACCGAGAGAAGGCAGCGGAGCUGGGACUCUCACUGGAUGACACAGACGAGGAGUGGGCGGAGCAACGAGGAGGAGGAGUGGGCGGGGCAAUGAGGAGGAGGAGUGGGCGGGGCACAGAUGAGGAGUGGGGGGAGCAAUGAGGAGAAGUGGGCGGGGCAAUGAGGAGGAGUGGGCGGGGCAAUGAGGAGGCGUGGGCGGGGCACAGAUGAGGAGUGGACGGAGCAAUGAGGAGGCGUGGGCGGGGCAAUGAGGAGGAGUGGGCGGAGCAACGAGGAGGAGUGGGCGGGGCAAUGAGGAGGAGUGGGCGGAACACAGAUGAUGAGUGGGCGGGGCAAUGAAGAGGAGUGGGUGGAGUCUGUUUUACAUAUAUUCAAGAGAUUAUUCGGUAAAAACGUCAUACAACAUUCUUCAUCUAUAAUAUGAUUUCACUUAAGCGUUUUAUACUUUAUUGUUUAAAGAUGAAUAAAGUCAUAAAUACAAACAGGUAUUAUUUUUCAACAACUUCCCAAUAGAGCUUCUGAAAACAGGACUGUAAGAAUUUCUAAAUGUUUUGAAAAUGUAAAAUAUGAACAUUUUGUCUCGGACCGGUCUGUGACCUUCAUACUGCCUGAAGGUCACCUGGCCACCCUGGACAGGUUUGACAGUUUUUCGCCUGCAUACGUCGUAUCCACCUGUGAGGACAGGUGGGACUGGAGCUGAUGGUCCACCUUGGAUUGUGUGUUGAGUGAAACCAUGAACUGUGUCUGGAGGUGAAGGACCCGACAUACUGGAGAUGAAGCUAAACCAUCCCAUAAGAGACUGAAACAUGGCAAAAACCAGAGAAACAAAUGGAGCCAGAGCCCAGCAGAUGAGCGGACGCUCCAACACACUAAGGGUCGUUGACAGAAAUGAAGGGAGCUGUGGAUCCUGAUGAACCUGGAACUCGUGGACUGACCACCCAGAGCACGACCAGGAAGAACAAACCAAUAAAAACCCAACCAGAACCAACCUAGUGCAAAUUAAACCAACCCAACCAAACCCAAUAGAACCCAAACCAAAGCGUUACACUCACUUUAUUUAUGGCUUGUUGUUGUGACAUCACAAAAAAGAAAAUGAAAUUAAAGGAAGAACAAGAUAAA